AUGGCCGACGUCGAUCUCGACACCUUUUUGCAGCAGGGUUAUUGGCCGUCUUCUAGAGCGAGGAGCGCCCACGCAAGACGCGUCGAGGAUGAGAAGGAAUCCCUCGCAAAGGAAUUCGGAUCUGUGGUCUCCAUCGUGCCAGACGAGGAGCCGAUACACCGGGGAGAGCUCGAGCAGCUCCCCAUCCUCCUCCUCAUUCAUGAGCACAACCCCGAGAGGCGUUUCGUCCUCGUAUCGCCCCAGCCUAGCUCUCCAGACGACUCGUCUGGCAGUGAGAAAAAGCCGACAGAGCGGCCCAAGCCCAAGGGACCAAGACCUGAGCCGGAGCCUACUUACUAUGAAGCGAAUACGGGACGCAAAUUCCAUGUACGCGACCAGCCAGAGGCGGACAGCGAAAAGAAGCAGGAUCCCUCGCCAACUCGCGAGAAUCGCCGUGGUAGGCACGAAAAAUUACCCGCCAUAAUCACUGAAAUCAACACCAGGCCACAACCACAGCCAACACCGAAUGAGAGCAAGGCGAAGCCUACACCAAAUGAGAGCAAAGCAAAGCCUACGCCGACCGCCGCAAAACCCGAGAAAGGCGGCGGCGAUUACUUUUCACCACGUCCCGGCUCGCGGGUUCAGGAUGAGCAGAUGUUGUCGCCCGAUAUCAUAGAGCACGGCAGCAGAGGAAGAGAGCGGGUUUACUAUCAGGGCGGAUCGAGCCCUCGUUCUCAGGACCGCGAUCAAUCUGCUCAUCCCAACGUUCCAUAUAGCAAGAGCCCACAGGAUGAUAAGAGGUACAAAGAAAGGUCCCUCAAAUCAGCCAAGUCCACAAGCCCCUCUCGCCACAAGCGACGAUUGACGGCGGAAUCCCCUCGACAGAUGAGGGGGUCCUCGACGACAGACCGUGGGAGGCGAAAUUCGCGCGACGACCUUCCAUCUCCUAGGGCCGACCGAACUAGCCACGCACGAGUAGAACGGGAUUCCGCGUACCAUGCCACGCGGAGCCCGGUGAGGAGGCGAGACACGCCUCCUUAUAGCGAUCACUUCUAUUCGAGCGACGAGGAAGCAGCGCAUCAGUCUCGUAACCGCUACCAACAGGAAUGGGUCAUACCAGAGGAGGCGAAAGCCUACAGCAGGGGCGCCGGGGAAUCGAGAUCAAACGCCAGACGCCGAUCUCGAGGUCCUUCACCGCUCCCCAGUCCGAGAACAUCCCAAAGCCAGGUCUACGAGCGCGAUCCGGCUUCUUCCAGCCCACGCACCGCCACGAUGCCAAAAGAGAUCAGGUUUUCGCGAAGCGAGAAACCCGCGCGGCCCGGGCUGUCUCGCACUUCUACGGGAAGAUCCAUUCGAGAUUCUGCGACUCCCAUGGCAAUCCCUGCUACUGCUGCUACUGCUGCCGUCGCCGCCACAGCGGCUGCCAAACCAGGCUCUCCGCCCGACCCUCGCCGGUCCGGAAUUGUCUCGUCUUCCAGAACAGACUUUUUCCGACCUGAGCGGCGGAUGUCGACGACGUCGGCCAUGUCGUCCAGCCCCCAGAGACAACAGCUACAGCAGCAUAUGCAGCAAACCAACAGACAGCCCCCACAGCCGGACUCGCCCCGCGACGCGAUGGUGGCCACGCCGAAAUACCAAACCCCGCCGGCCUUUUACGGGAGGUACCUCGACGAGCUCCAGGCUGGCAGACUUCCGGACACGCGGCAGCGGUGUCCGCGGCAGUGGCCGGUCGCGGGAUACGUCGACUGGCUGACGCUGCCGCGCUGCGACAACCUUCACGUGUGCCCAGCGUGCUACGACGCCGCCUUCGCCGGUACCGCCUACGCGCGGCACCUCGUGCCGGCACCGCUACGCCCGCCCGAUCGCCCGAUCACCUGCGACCUCGGCAGCGCCGCGAGCCCCUACAUCCGCAUCGCGUACCACCUCUCGCGCAAGCGCGGGGCGCCGGACCUGUCACUGCUGCGGCGCGUGGCCGACGUCGUGGCGCGGAGCCCGCCGUGCUGCUAUGCCUCCUCGUCCCCCACGACCUCCUCAUUCUCCUCCCAGGUCGGCGGCGCCGACGCUGCCGCCGCCCGCAUCUGGUACUCGGUCAUGGACCCGCGCGCGGGGCGAGCGGUCGCCGGCGACUUCACCGUGUGCUACGGGUGCGCGCGCGCGCUCGAGGCGCUGCUGCCGAACCUGACGGGGCUGUUCGUGCCGACGGCGGCGGAGCCGCGGCCCGGCGCGUGCGCGAUGCGGCUGCGGGACGGGGCGCGGCGCCGGUCGCCGUCCGCCGCCGACUACGGCGACGACGGUGACGGUGACGGCGAGCGGCGCUUCGCGCUCUACUUCGACGUGCUCGAGGCCGCGUCGGACGCGGCGCUCGCGACGCAGCGCGCUCCCGACGUCCAGGCCCUCGCCGACCGGCUCCGCGACCUCGCGCCGCCGCCCGCCGACCCCCCCGAGUACGGCGACUACGCGCCCGCGCCCGAGUACGGCAGUGGGUACGAGUACGGGUACGGGUACGGCCGCGGGUACGAGUACGGGCACGGAUACGACUACGGCCGCGGGCACGGGUACGAGACCCCGCCGCCGCCGCCGCCGCCGCCGCUACCGCAGGCGGCUCCGCCCCCGGCCUGCGCGCGCGGGCUCCCCGUCCACAACGGGACGUGGUACACAACGCGGUCGUCGCCGGAGAUGGCGGCGUGCGAGGCGUGCUUCUCGGCGGCGCUGCGGCAGCUGGUGGAGGAGUCGUCGGACUCGGGGUCGGGGUCGGGAGCGGCGGCGGCGGCGGCGACGGCGACGGCCCUGUCCUUCUUCCACCGGCGGCCCGUCGCCCUGCCGGUCGCCGCGUGCGAGCUCUACUCGCCGCGCAUGCGCGAGGCUCUGGGCCGCGCCGCGCGCCGCGGCGACCCGCGCUACCUCGCCGAGCGGGCGGCCGAGCGGCGUGCGCACGAGCGCGAGUUCCACGACCGCGCUGCCGCGCUCGACCGCGAGAUCCGGAACGCUGCCAGCGCCGGCGAGAGGGCGGCGCUCGAGGGAGAGACUAGGGAUGUGGUGAGGGAGUGGAGGCGGUGGGAGUGAGGGGAGUGAGGGGAGUAGAUGAGUAAACUAUAUAGGUAAUGCAGGAUAUGGAUAUGGGGGUUGAAGAGAUAGGGGUUCAUGGUUCAGGCGAGGCCGCAUCCCGGCGAUGGGGACGUAUAGGGCAGGCG